AUGACACCACACAAGCCCGCAUCCCCUGUACACCAUACACAAACCGGAUCCAAGCCCAAGCAUGCCCUGAUCGCCUCGAGCAGCUCGAGCGAGGCAAAGGCCAUGGGCCUCUUGCCCGAAUCUCGCAUGCUACAGCUACCAGAGGAUAUGGAAGCUGUCGACAAGGAACGCGCCACCAUCCUCGAGAAGCACGAGGCUACCGACGGGAAGCGCAAGGUCAUCGACAUGGCGGUGCGUAAGCAACGGGUGAUGUCCACCGAGACUUCACACAUCGAGCGAUUGCCCUCGGAGCYCUUGGCCAAAAUCUGCGAAUACGCCUCGAGCAGCAAUGGAACUCGCUUCUUCCCACGCCACCUUCCCGCGAUCAUGCGCGUUUGCACGAGGAUGUACAACGUAGGUGGUCGGAGCACGUACGGUACCAGCACCCUGACGAUGAACGAGUCCGCCGGCACGCUCACUCACGCCGCGGUGGCUCUUCUGCGCAAACACAAUCCGAGCGGCACAAAAGGCGUCAAGGUGUUUCGGAUGAUCCGGAAUUGGCCCAAGAACGGAUGCGGCUACCAGAACACCUACAUCGCGUUCGAGGCGCAUCUGAGCCCUACCAACACCGUUCACAUCCCGAGCGCUCCAAGCAAGAUCGCCGCCACAAUGCCAGUUGAUGGACGUCCAGAAGAUCCCCAGGAUCACAUGACGCGCAGUGGACACAUCGAGGCGUGUCACUGCGAGGUCAUGGCUAUGGCGGCGAGUGUCACACCUGGCCCAGAUGCGGUGCAAGUCUUCUUGGAGACGUACCUCAAUCGUAUCGGGCAAGCACCACCAAAUAUGGUCUACGUGCCGCUUCCUGUGCGCGAUGCUCGGCGUUGCGCCGAGUGUGGUUCGCUGACUGGUAGCUGA